CUCAAAUAAGGACGCCAUACUCCUUGGAAUACGUAACCAAGCUAACAAGACAAGGCAAACACAUACGAUACAAUGCCCCCGCCGUAUUGUGAAGUUAAGGACAGGGGAAAGAACAACGCAGCUUUUGUAAACGACAACGGAGUGAUAGAAAAUGGUAUCGAACCGACGAAAAAGGACACGGAUGAGCAAGAGGUUGAUCCUUGGGAUUUACCGGAGCUUCAAGAUACAUCGAAACCCUUUAGUGAGAUGACUGGCAAUGAAAAGAUACGUUUCGUGUUGUGGAUCAUACUGCGAAUAAUUCUGUUCCUUGGCUUACUUUAUCUCUUCAUAUGUUCCUUGGAUUUUCUCAGUUCAGCAUUUCGACUUCUUGGAGGUAAGGCAGCUGGUCAAGUGUUCCGAAACAAUGAAAUCUUGCGGAACCCCGUGACCGGUGUGAUGAUUGGUGUUUUAGCUACUGUCUUGGUUCAAAGUUCCUCCACAAGUACUUCUAUCGUGGUAGCCAUGGUUGGAGCUGGACUCCUAGACGUCCAGACAGCCAUCCCCAUCGUGAUGGGUGCUAAUAUUGGUACUUCCGUUACCAACACGAUCGUGGCCCUCGGGCAAAUCGCCAGUAAGGAUGACUUCCGUCGGGCAUUCGCCGGGGCUACCGUCCACGAUAUGUUCAACUGGACUAGUGUCAUUGUGCUCCUCCCUUUAGAGGUAAUCACAGGAUACUUGUUCCAUCUGAGCAAAGUUAUGGUGGAUAGUUUACAUCUUGAAAAAUACCAGAAUGGCAAGCAAGACUUACUCAAGGCCAUCACAGAGCCUUUUACCAAAAAGAUCAUCCAGGUUGACAGCAAGGCUAUCGAAAGGAUUGCCCACAACGAGGAUGUAGAUACGCUACUAAAAUUGUGCUGCAAGUCCGAGACACCAGACCCUGUUAACGUCACAUACGCUAAUGGCACUUGGUACAUGGAUAAGCAGAGCAAAGUCUGUGUCACGCAAUGUGAUUUUAUUUUCAGAGAUAUCGGUUUAGGAGACACAGAAAUAGGAGCAAUAAUGCUAGUGCUUGCUCUUCUCCUACUAUGUGUGUGUCUGUUCUCCAUCGUUAAACUGCUGAAUUCCCUCUUGAAAGGUAACAUCAGGAAAAUAAUCAAGAAAGUAAUUAAUGCAGAGUUUCCAGGAAAGUGUGCUUACUUCACUGGUUAUAUUGCUCUAAUUGUUGGGUGUGGAAUGACCAUCAUUGUACAGUCCAGCUCAGUUUUCACGUCAGCCAUGACACCGCUGGUAGGUGUGGGUGUGAUCAGUAUAGAAAGAAUGUACCCGUUGACCCUUGGAUCGAAUAUAGGCACUACGACUACGGGCAUCCUCGCCGCUCUGGCACAAGACGCUGACAAAAUCAAAGAGCCUCUCCAACUGGCGUUCUGCCACCUGUUCUUCAACAUCUCGGGAAUUGCCCUAUUUUAUCCACUUCCGUUCACGAGGUUUCCCAUUAAACUGGCAAAGUCUCUUGGAAAUAAGACCGCUAAAUACCGAUGGUUUGCAGUUGUAUAUUUAAUAUCCAUGUUUUUCCUGCUACCACUGAUCGUGUUCGGACUGUCCAUUGCCGGCUGGAAGGUGAUGGCUGGUGUUCUCAUCCCCAUCACUUCCAUUAUCGUCAUUAUUUGCAUAAUCAAAGUCAUUCAGAAAAAGAAGCCUGGUAUUCUACCGAAAGUCCUCCGUAACUGGAAGUUUCUCCCUCUGAUUUGCCGUUCUCUCGAGCCCAUAGACAGAUUAACGAAAGUAUGUGUCUGCAGAUCCUGCUGUGCUGAGUCUAUCGAUGAUAAGCCCAAGGUCGAGAACUAUUUAGAAACGACCAAAAUAUAGACAUCCAUGCUGGAAAUAACAUUGACAGAGUAAAAUAAAGACCAAAUAUUGUUAUUUAGCUAUGUCAACAAUGACUUUCAUCUUCACAGAAACUUCAAUGAUAACUGUUUCAUCUACACUGCCAUAAAAACCUUAAAGAACAUCACAGACGGAUGCAUAUUGCAUCUCGCCCCAUACAAUGACCAUGGGGUCAUAGCGUGUCCGAUUUUGACUUCAAACAUGUCGGUCAAAUUCAACAUGCACAAAGUCAUACUUUUGGUAACAAAAACCGUUUUAUUUACAAACUAGUUCAAUGAUAUGUAUUGAAAAUGUUGAUAAGUUCGGGAUACGUUCAGCUCAGCAAUGUCAAGUCCGGAAUGAGUUGUCCGACCCAGAAAUGUAAGCCUGAUGGCUGUCCCCUUAGCGUAUCCCCUUAUCCCCAGACUAGUUUUAUCUAUAGUAAAAAAUAUAAACUUACAAUUCUACCUCUGAUUCAAUAUCUUUCCUUAGGACGUGCAGAUGCAGUUUUUAGUCGUAAUUAUUUAAACUUCUUUCCUUGUCAUAUCAGUUUUAUCACAUAAUUCAUAUUCUCGGAUUUAUAAUUGAGGUAUCUGCUACAAAGAUUGCUGCACCAAUGAUAUCCAUGUGUGCCAAGUGAUCAAAAAUAGGCAUGCAUAUUUACACUUGGACGACAUUGGAUUGAACGACUUGAUCCCUGUCAAUAAUCACUGUGAUAAACGAUUUGUUGUACCCAUCAUGCUAUCAUGUCAUUGUUGUAUAUAUUAUAAUCAUGCUCUAUGUGUCUGAUAAUCGAUAUCAUUUACAUUUUUAAGAUUUACUUUUAUGGAUCCCAAUUGUUUUGUUAUUUUUCUAGAAUUUUUCGAAGAUUCAGUUUUCAAGUUUGCAAACAAGCUGGUCCCAUAUCGCUCUUCUGGAAAUUCAUAGCACAUUAACAGACAUACAUGUAUGUAUAUGCAAACUGUUUAUUAUGACACCGUGUAUGUACGUAUCAAUGCUAUGGAGGGAAAGGUGUAAUAUAUGUGGACGUAAGACGAUUAAGCAUAGAAAUUAACUGUGUAACUUUUAAGAAAUAAGAUACAUACACAUACCAUUACUUAAACCGUAAAUUUCAUGUAUGUUGUCCAAAAUGAUGUGCUACAGAGGACAAAUGAAAUUGAUAACAACAUACAGUAAAACUGGGAUAAGUCGAAGUCGACGGGACCAAGCAAAAUAUUCGACUUAUCCGAUGGUUCGGCUUAUCCGUGUCCGUUUGUAUACGGAGACAAAAUACCAUCAUACUAUCAUACUAUCAUCGAUUGUAUGCAGAACAAGUGCUUGAAAACAUAGUCGAAAAUACUUAGUAAGCGAUAAAUAAUAAGAAAGAAAUUAGUUAAUUGUACACGAUAACAAUUAUUCCUUUAUCUCAGGAGCUUAACUCAAUUCUUUUCGCAUUUUUAUGGAACAGUAGGGCUGACAAAAUAAAGAGAGAUGUCGCAACCCAGAAUUAUUAUGAAGGGGGUCUUAAAAUGGUUAGUGUAAGAUUGUUUAUAGACUCAUUGAAAUUAGGUUGGGUGAGAAGGUUAUAUAAGAAAACAUGCAA